UCAACGAACGGCUCGAAUCUCUUUCAACGCCGGAGCAACUCUGUCGCCGCGGCGGAGCAGUUUCCGAUGAGGCUGAUAGUACCUCUCCGUGGCGUAAUCCAAGGCCGUGGUGGUCUUUUCGUCGGCUCUCUCAUUCCUUGUUGUCUCUUCUACUUUCUCCAGCUUUACCUAAAACGACGCCGUCCUCCUCCCUCCGACCCGACGGAGUUACCGAGAACGUCGUCACGGACUAAUCUCUUCUCUCGUGGAAACUCGAUCGGACGAGUUCGAGUCUCGUCUCGAGCGGUUCCUGUGGCUAAACCUUCCGAUUCUCCUUAUUACAUUGGAUUGGAGAGAGUCAAAACGGAUCCGUACAAUCGGAUUACGAACACGGAUGGGAUUAUUCAGCUUGGAUUAGCUGAGAGUACGCUGUGCUUUGACUUGCUACAGAGAUGGAUGUCUGAGAAUUUGAUGGAGUCGAUGAUGCAAUCUGAUGAUGGUGAAUUCGAUAUUAGUAGUAUCGCCAUGUAUAAACCUUUUGAAGGAUUACUGGAACUCAGAGUGGCUUUUGCUGAUUUCAUGUCACGAAUAAUGGGAGGUAAUGUGUCAUUUGACCCCUCAAACAUGGUAAUAACAGCCGGUGGGACUCCUGCUAUCGAAGUAUUGGCCUUCUGCUUGGCAGAUCAUGGAAAUGCUUUUCUAAUUCCUACGCCAUAUUAUCCAGGCUUUGACAGGGAUAUUAAAUUCCGGACAGGAGUUGAGCUUAUACCAGUACACUGCCGUAGCUCUGACAAUUUUACUGUAACGGUUUCCGCACUGGAACAAGCUUUGAAUCAGGCUAGAAAACGAGGAAGCAAGGUUUCUGGCAUCCUCUUUUCAAACCCAUCAAAUCCCGUUGGAAACAUAUUAUCAAGGGAGACACUCCAAGAUAUUUUGAGAUUUGCUCAAGAGAAAAACAUCCAUGUUAUUUCUGAUGAAAUAUUUGCGGGUUCUGUUUACGGGGACAAAGAGUUUGUUAGCAUGGCUGAGAUCGCUGGCUCAGGGGAAUUUGAUAAGAGUAGGGUUCAUAUCAUCUAUGGCUUGUCAAAAGACCUUUCAAUCCCCGGUUUUAGAGCUGGAGUCAUCUACUCCUUUCAUGAAGACGUAGUAAAUGCUGCAAAGAAGCUGAUGAGAUUUUCAUCAGUGCCUGUUCCAGUCCAAAGGAUACUUAUCUCUCUGCUAUCUGAUGUAAGAUUCAUUGAGGAAUACAUGACAGCACACAGGCAAAGGAUCCGGGAUAAGCAUAUUCGGUUUGUGGAAGGUUUGAAACAAUUAGGAAUUCCAUGUGCUGAGAGUGGUGGUGGGUUGUAUUGUUGGGUUGACAUGAGCAGUUUACUGACAUCUUACAGUGAGAAAGGAGAACUCGAGUUAUUUGAGAAGCUAUUGACUGCUGCUAAGAUUAAUGCCACUCCAGGAACAGCCUGUUAUUGUAUAGAACCGGGUUGGUUCAGGUGCUGUUUUACCGCUUUAGCUGAUGAAGAUAUCCCAGUGAUUAUGGAACGGAUCAGACAGCUUAGGGAAUCAUCUAGAUCUUGAGGUCGAACCAGAAUUUAGGUUAGUGUGGUAUUGUUAUUUAUCGGUAGACAUUAUUUUGGCAAGUUGUUAUAGCUUGAAAGAGAAGGAAAGAAAUAAACGAUGAGUUCCUUG